UCUGCUUUUUAAAGGCUUGCGGUACAGAUUCCGAUGUGCUUACAUUACUAUUAAUUGUAGUUAAAAUAACCAGAUUUUGGACGUCAUGUAUUUGGACAGUAAACGCAUUUAUCCAUAAGCAUUCACUGCAUUCUGACAGAGUAGCUUAUAUCAGUACCUGAUAAUAACCCUAGAUCUAAUGUCUAACCUUAACGUACAUCUACCUACUUUAAUUCCAGUUCCUAACAUCAGUUUAAAACCUUCAUUCAACUUUAGUAAGCAGAAAGAGACUCUCGAAGUUAGUUUAAGUUGAUCAAGAGUCGCGUAUAAGUUGUAACCUCGCCAAUCCACUAAUCCCAAUCUCCCUAUAUUGGGGAAACCGCAACAGAAAACUUCAAGUAAACGGCACAAAGUUUCCUCCGAAAAUCCUCAAAUUUCCAGCGGAAGGUUUGUGGUUUCCCCAAUAUUUUUUUCAGAACCCUAUUACACGGGUUUUUGCCCUAAUUUUCCCCCAACUUUGGGGAAGACUACCAAACUUUUCACGACUAUGGAGAAAACCCAUUAAUAGGGAGAUUGGGAUGAUCUAAUACUGGACAAAAAGUAAAAGUCGUGUUAGUUUUUAUUACCUUAGUAAGCAGUUUUGUUUGAUUCCAGUCCUUGUUUGGAGUUCAUCUGUCAGCUGUUCUCUAUGCUCGAAUUUGCAGUGUAGUCUGUCGUAUGAAUUCCUGACGAUGUUGACGAUUUUCCCAGGUACUCCAUAGUGUCGAAGAAGGUCUCAUAAUGUUCUCCCAUCCACACUGUCAAAUGCCUUCUCAUAAUGAAGAAAGUUGGUGUAUAGUGACGAGUUCCAUUCAUUCGAUUGUUCAACGAUAAUCCCUAGUGUUGCGAUUUUGUCUGUAUGCGACCGAUCCUUAAGGAAUCCGGCCUAUUGAUCUCGAAGCUGGACGUCUACUGAAUCUUUCACUCGGUUCAACAACACCGUUGGAAACUUCUCCUGGUACCGAUAGUAGUGUGGUUCCUCUGUAGUUCUCACAUUUGCUCAGAGCUCUUUUCUUUGGAAUCUUGAUGAGAUGUCCGCCUUUCCAGUCUGUCGGCAUUUGUUCGUCCUCCCACGUCUUCCUGAAUGAAACAUGAAGCAUACUUGCAGCUACUUCUAUGUUCCAGCUGGUAUAUCGUCAGGUCCUGCUGCUUUCCCACUCUUCAUUUGUCUGAUGGCCAUCCUGAUUUCUUCGAUCGUUGGUGGAGUGACAUCUAUGAGAAUAUCUGUGUGUGCUGCUUCGAUGUCCGGUGGAUUCAAUGGAGCUGGUCUAUUCAAGAGUUUUUAAAAGUGUUCUACCCAUCUGUUCUCGAAUCUCGGUGAUUGUCUUGCCUUCGUUUUCCUUGACUGAUCUUACUUACUUACGCCUGUUGCCCCCAAUGGAGCAUAAGUCGCCGACCAAUAUCCUCUAAUACACUCUGUCCUGGGUCUUCUUUUCUAGUUCUAUCCAAUUGUUGUUCAUUCUUCUCAUGCCUGUCUCCGUUUCUUGGCGUAAAUUGUUGUUUGAUCUUCCUCUCUCCUUUGGAUUUGAGGAUUACAUGUGAGGGCUUGCCUUGUGAUGUAGUUGGGUGCUUUCCUCAUAUAGUUGUCUGAUAUAUCCUUCUGUUGCAGCUUUUUCUCCUGUCGUUGUUAGGUCCUCCACAUAUUUCUACUUGUCGCCUCCAAUGCUCUUCUUCAUUCGUUUGUUUACUUCUGUGUGUUCGGCCUGUGCCUUGGAUUUCUUUGUUCUUGUUUGGCUGUUGUCAACUGCUGUUUUCAUUUCAUUCUUUUCCCGAGUGCUACCAAGGGUUUCGAUGGAGACCAUUUCUUAUGAUGAUGCUUCUUGCGACCCAGUACUUCCUGACACGUUGAAGUUAGUGCUCCUUUGACUCUUUACCAGUUGUCCUUCAUCGCAGUUUCUUGUUUUCAGUAGGUCUUGUAUGGCUUGGAACCUUUUGCUGAGAGCUGUUGUGAGUUUGUUGAGUUUGUCAGUAUGUCAUUGACCUAAAUUUUUUAGUUAUGCAUACAUAAUCGAUCUGGUUCCGGGUAGUGUGAUCCGGUGAGAUUUAUGUAGUUUUGUGUAUGUGUUUGUGGGGUGAUAUUGUGUCGCCUAUAACCAUUUUGUUGGAUGCACGUAAGAUCGCAAGUCUGUCACCAUUUUCGUUCCCUUCCCCCAGUCCAUUUCGUCCCAUGAUAUUUUCAUACCUGAUGUUGUCCAUCCCGACUUGGGCGUUUAAGUCUACCAUCAGGAUGGUCAGGUCUUUUCUUGAGCACUUCGCUACAAUUGAUUGCAGCCUCUCCUAAAUCUGAUCUUUAUCGUCGUUGCUGUCAUUGGUUGGUGCAUAACAUUGGAUAACAUUCCUUGUGAUUCCCCCCAUUGUUUUGGAAGAUGCUUUAAUGUUUCUGGGUCCAUGAGAUUCCUAUCCUAUAAGUGUUUUAAAUGCUUCUGUAAACAGCAUCAGAGUAACUUUCAGAUUGUGUGGAACAUUUUCUUCGUGACCGAAAUACAGAAGCAUCUCGCCCAAAUCUAUUCUUUCCUGUCGAGCUUGGACAAAAUGGGUUCCACUCAUUCUGGUAAUAUGUUGGUGAUGACAAAUAAUUAUUUUCCUACAGUAUCUCUUUAUGUGGACUGUAAGAAUCGUCUCCUAGGUCCUCAAAUCUCAUCUUUAUAGGUUUCCCCUAUAAGUUUGACAACAUUUUAAUCAUAUUUGUUUUGGCAUACUCUACAUAAGUGUCUCAUGGUUCCAUGUAUUCCCCUAAUUAUCUCUUCACUUCAUUAUCUUGGUAUUCAUUUCCCUUGUUUUAAAAGGUGUUUUUAUGUGAAUGGAUGCUCAACUUAACACCUAGUACGAACACUAGUUAGUGUAGGCCUUAAUUAAUUUAAUAAGCAUCUCUAUGCAACCCCAUUCUGUGUCAUGAUGUUCUCUCGUAAUAAUUAUUACUUAUAAACUUUUCAUAUUUUAAGUGGUUUAAUUUUACAACAGUAUGUUUAUAUAUUUAGUUAUUUAAACACAUGAACAUUGGUACAAGGAGGCACCAAAUAGAUAUGCGUCACAUAAAUCAUUCGAUUUGUGUGAGGACUGGGAUACUGCCCAGGUGCCCAAACCGAAGCAGGUGGUUUUCUUAGGGGGCCACACCCCGAACCUUCGACCUAAAGGUCUGAUCCACAAGGCAGUGGAGCAACGUCAGGAGAUGCAGUCCCAUUGUAGUCGGUGACCAACAUUAGGUUCCUACGCCAUUUUUUUCCUUCAGGAUCCUUGAGCCCAUGUACACCGUUGGUUUGGAAUGAGGGUUUUUCAACUCCCCUAUGUGAACUCUCCGUGUCCGCCAACCCGGUUAAAACGUCGGAUAUUCGCUUUUCGUCCUCUCAAUUUCGUAAAGAACACCCCCGCCGCGAGAAGGCUGUGAGUAGGACUUCCCUGGCAGUGGUUGUAUGUAUGUGGCCAUGUGAGAGCAUUUCGAGAGGAAGAGCUGAAUCUCCCCACCCUCGGCCAUACCAGGGCAUUUUGGGGCUCAGCAGUAUGUGGUAUCAAGUGGAAAGUUUCGAAAAACAAAACGUCAAACAACCACGGUUCCAACUAGCAUUUAUGAAACCUGACUAACUUCCAAGUCAUUCCAUUAUCAACUCGAAAGUUCAGGUGAUUUGUUAAUAUCGUAUUUUAGUAUUGGCAAUAAGUAUACAUUUAAUUUGAACUUUGGUUGAGUACACUGAUGUGCUUUCUCUACUGCAGGUUAAAUCUAAGCACAUAUUAUUUCUUCAGAGUGCAAUAAAUUAGAACCAGUUUACUUUAUUUUGUUUUCUGUUGGAAGUAUGGAGUGUUAACGGCGACAAUGCAAUCGGAAUUUAACGGGUGAAUAGUUUCAUAUUCUCCAUUCUGGAACAUAUGGAGUUGUGUGAGUCUGUUGGUGAACUAUCUGGUAGUUCAGAACAUAUACUGCUUAGAAUAUUCAGUCAGAAACCGAUAUGCAUAAGGUUUUCUACAGAGGAAUCUUUAUCUUUAUGCUUUCUAAAACUGAAAAUCUUGCUUACUUCGGCUGUUUUUGUUCAUGAUUCUGUUUGCUUAUCGGCGAAUUCGACCAAAGAGCAUUCCUCUAAAAUGAUUGACUCCUUUAGGAAGCUAAAAGACAACAUAAAUUUGGCAGCACUCAUAGUAUUUUUCAGUCUUGAUAAUAACACUUGUGAUCACACUCCAACUCUACAGAUUUCUCAUCAUUCAUUUGGCUACUCCCAUCGUAUACCGAUAGAUUUGAUUUGCAAUUUCAACAACAAUGAAUUAAUGCACAGAGCUCUGUGUACAAAAUUAUCUUCAUUUUUGGACAGCUACCAUCGCGCUCUUCUGUUUCUUUGGAGGGAAGUAAAGUUUCCUCCAAAAACAUUAUUAUCUUACCAUUACGUAGUUCGGUCUUCUAUGUACAGUAUGCGUCUCCCGUGGAGGAUCGAAGAAACACGUGAAGAAAUUUGGCGGAAGAUCAUUCAUGAAAAAUUCAGUCUUCCACUGGAUACUCCACUCGUCCGACGAGGUCAGGCUUUACAUCCAGUACCUAGAAUAGUCACUUGGCUUGGUCCGUCCUCUGAACUUCUUGUGUGUCCUCAUGAAGCCGUUAAACAAGCACCUAAUAUAGGUCAAACCUACAUCGUUACAGGUCGGUAUACUUAUAAGCAUUAUCUUCAGGACGGAGUAGAUGACAGGAAUUGGGGUUGUGCAUAUCGAUCGCUCCAAACACUAGUAUCUUGGCUUAUGUGGCAAGGUGAAAUAACUCCAGGCCCAAUACCAUCUCUCAGAGAUAUUCAAGCUUCCAUUGUACGUUUUGGGGAUAAGCCAAAAAGUUUUAUCGGUAGUUGUCAGUGGAUUGGCUCGCUAGAGAUGAUGGCAUUUUUAUCAAAACCUCAUUCACGAACAUUUGUCUCCAUUAUCCAGCAAAGCGUAAUGCUCUAUUUGUAGUUGGUGUAAUCAUACUUUAAUACACCUGUACGGCAGUUAAAAUAUGGUGAGUUAUUGUUUGCAAGAAUUAUACAACAUUCAGUGUCGGCUUUUACACAUCCCACAAGGACAUCAGAUGAACCAGCUAGCAGCACAUGCUCUUGCACAGCAUUUCACUUCCGGUGGAGGACCAGUUAUGGUUGGUGGUGGCCAAUUAGCUCAUACAAUUAUUGGUGUUCAAUUAUGUGAGUCAACAUUAAACGGUACUGAAUCCUCGUCAUAUCGCUAUUUAAUUCUGGAUCCUCAUUAUACUGGCCCCUUUGGAAAUAUUAAGCUUAUUACCGAAAAAGGUUGGUGUGGGUGGAAACUUCAAAGUUUCUGGAAAUCCAACGUUCAUUAUAAUCUUUGUCUUUUGCCAGCCAGGAAAAGUAGUUGUGUAUGAUCUGAUUUUCCCAGUCUUUUCAUAGUACAUAUUUUUUGUUGAUAAAUCUAAUCAGUAAUUUCUUCAUGUUCAUACCAAGCUUAUUUCCCAUAUAAGUUAUUUUUUGUGAUAAAAUAAUCCAAGUUGUUAACAUUCCUUCCUAAUAAGGGUUUACUAAUUUCCUUCAUAAUGCUUUAUUACUGAUCUAAUUAUUGCAUAAUUAGUCCACCAAAUUAUCCAAAGCUGUUACACCGUAGUACUAAUGAAGUAUCGGUUUUUACAUUUAUUACAUGUAUGACACAUUUAUUUAUGAAUUAUAUCAGUACUG